AUGCCACCACGUCGGAAACGUCGCUCAGACCAAAUCUCUGGUGACCCCACCGAAUCAGAACCUGAACCGGCUCGAAGACGGCAUGCAACAAUCGCCACCACUUCGGGGUCGGCCACCUACUCCUCAGACUCGGGCAGCACAUACUCUUCCGCCUCUGGAGAAGAAGGACAACCGAUAGAGAAGAUUCUCAUCAAAAAACUCGUCCGUCUGGCUUUAGCCACAGAGUAUUCCCGUACCCCCUUGCGGCGAAGCGACAUCUACCAAAAGAUAUGGAAGGAUGCAGAUAUCACGGGAGGGCGGGCUUCUCACCAAAGGGUCUUCGAGGGCGCCCAGCGAGUGCUGCAGGAUGUCUUCGGCAUGCAGUUGAUGGAACUCCCUUCCAAGGAAAAGACGACGCUGAAGGAUCGCCGUGCAAAAGUUUCGCAGACAAAGUCUUCGAGCAGUACCACCAGGUCUUACAUACUGGUCUCCACCCUCCCGCCCGAGUUGAAACAGAAUCCUCUGAUCGUAAAGCCCACACGGGCCCCCAAUGAAGCCGUCGAAGGCAGCUAUAUUGCCCUCUACACAGUUGUCCUGGCUCUGAUCUACUUCAAUGACAAAGCGCUUCCGGACCAAAAGCUAGGACGUUAUCUUCAGCGCUUUAACGCCGACGUCUAUACGCCAGUGGGCAACAAAGAGAAGCUACUCAACAGGAUGAUGAAGGAUGGAUAUAUUGAUAAGCGUAAGGAUACGACUACUGGCGAAGAAAUAAUCGAAUGGAUACCGGGGCCGAGAGGCAGGGUCGAGGUUGGGGUGAAUGGUGUAGUGGGGUUGGCGAAGGCUGUGUAUGGCUUUGGAGAAGCGCCUCUCCCUGGAGAACCUCGACCAAAUUAUCAACGUCCGCAGCAGGACGAGGUUGAGAACGAAGACCCCGACCAAGAAGAAGCUGUCGGCCUAGUGAACAUUACCGAAAAGCAACUCGACGCCAAACUCUCAAGGAGUCUUGGCGUAAAGAUUGGAGAGAGUGAUGCGGUGGAGGAUGUCGAGGACGAAGUCGAUGACAUCGUGUUUGAUAUGGGAGAUGAGGAGGCCGACGGUAACGUGCCGCCCAGCCCGUCGAUACCGGAAGGACAGAGCUCCAGACCCAACACGUCUGGUAGACAAGGUCAAGCCAGCGGAAGAAGGAAUGCGCGAGAAGUCGAUGACCACGAUGACGGGCAGCCUGGACCGUCGAGGCCGAGAGGUCAGAGGUCCAGACCCGACGAGCACGAGGACGUACAGUCUCGGUCAACGAGAGGUGGAAGCCAGAGAGUUGAACCCAGUACGACUAGCAGAAACCAAAAUCAAGGCGGCAGAAGAACAAGAAAUACACGACAAGACAACGAUAGCAACGAAGAAGAAGAGGAGGAUGCUGCCGAGGCCGAAAUCGUACAGCCCAGAUCGUCGAGAAAGGGAAAACAGAGGGCUUGA